GAGACAGAGCAGAGUCUGAUUGCAGCGGUUUUUAUCAACUUUAACGUUACUUCACAAGGGAAGUCUUCAUUAAAGAAGAAUAUCAACGACAUGGCAAGAGGAGAAGGAGGUGAACAGUCUUCCAAUGCGAGUCUCUUGCACAAAAGCCCUUCGAAUGGAGUUAAACCGGUCGCUAAGCCUGAGAAGAGAGGUCACCUGUCAGUGUGCAGUAAGCUGUGUUAUGCUGUAGGAGGAGCGCCCUAUCAGAUCACAGGAUGUGCCCUUGGCUUCUUCCUCCAGAUCUAUCUUCUGGAUGUUGCUCUGGUGGAUCCAUUUUAUGCCUCCAUCAUCCUGUUUGUGGGCCGAGCCUGGGAUGCCAUCACGGACCCCACAGUGGGCUUCCUAGUCAGCCGGAGCCCCUGGACCAGAUUUGGAAAAAUGAUGCCCUGGAUUGUUCUGUCCACUCCAUUAGCAGUGGUGUGCUAUUUUCUCAUCUGGUACGUGCCUCCUAUAGAUCAGGGCAAAAUCAUCUGGUACCUCAUCUUCUACUGUCUCUUCCAGACUCUGCAAACAUGCUUCCAUGUGCCUUACUCUGCCCUCACCAUGUUCAUCAGUUCAGAACAGAAGGAGAGGGAUUCUGCCACUGCCUAUCGUAUGACUGUGGAAGUUUUGGGAACGGUUAUUGGCACUGGAAUCCAGGGCCAGAUUGUGGGGUUAGCAAAUGCUCCCUGCAUACCUGUUGGAAAUGACCUCAACUCCUCAAGCCAGGAUUUUGGACCUGAAGUCAACAUCAGCCAGCCACACAUUUCACUGGAGCACACAAGACAGGCUUAUAUGAUUGCAUCGGGGGUUAUUUGUGCAAUCUACGUCCUGUGUGCGGUCACUCUCUUCUGUGGUGUGAAGGAACGCAAAGACACCACCCGGGUCAGAACGGAGCCCAUGUCCUUCUUCCAGGGCAUCCGUUUGGUAAUGGGCCAUGGUCCGUAUGCAAAAUUGGUCAUGGGCUUCCUCUUCACCUCUCUGGCUUUUAUGCUCCUGGAAGGCAACUUUGCCCUGUUCUGUUGCUAUACCCUGGGCUUCAGAGAUGACUUCCAGAACAUCCUACUGGUCAUCAUGUUUUCUGCCACCCUCACCAUCCCAUUCUGGCAGUGGUUUCUGACUCGAUUUGGCAAGAAAACUGCUGUGUAUUGUGGGACUACAUCAGUGAUUCCUUUCCUGAUCGGAGUGGUCCUGCUGAAAAGUAAUCUCAUUGUGACGUACAUCAUCUCCUUUGCUGCUGGAGUGAGCAUUGCUGCAGCCUUCCUCUUGCCCUGGUCCAUGCUUCCUGAUGUGGUCGAUGAUUUCAAAGUGCACAAUCCUGAGGCUCAGGGACACGAAGCCAUUUUCUACUCCUUCUACGUUUUCUUCACAAAGUUUGCCUCUGGAGUCUCCUUGGGAAUCUCAACCCUCAGCCUUGAUUUCGCUGGUUAUGUGACGAGAGGCUGCUCACAACCAAUAGAGGUGGACAUCACAUUGAAAGUUCUUGUCUCUGCGGCUCCCAUUUUCCUCAUCAUUAUAGGACUGAUCAUAUUUAUUACUUACCCUAUCAAUGAAGAGAGACGUCAGGGCAACCGCAAGCUGCUAAAUGAGCAACAGGGGAAUGAGCUGGACUCAGAAGCGGACUCAACAGAGACAGAUGGAAGUGUGGUAUAAUUCCAUAGGACUCUAAGGAGGACGUUCUGACACCUACUUUGGACGAUUGAAUAAGGGACCCUCAAAGGCAAGAUGAAUCACGCAUGACAGCUUUAAGCCAGCCAUGCUUACCGACUGUUGUCACCUGGCCUAUUUACCUCUACUCCCCUUUACAACAACCUCAAGUACAGCAUUUCAGAGAUCCAGUUUACUGUGCCUUGUAGUGCUAAAAAGCCAUGAAACCACUGGAAGGUCCCCAAAGACUCCGCUGUUGUGUUUCUCCCUCAGAUGUGGACAAAACCUUGAAAUGUGACGGGAGCAUAUGCCUGUUUUGGUUCAUGUUGCCUACAUUGGUGCUACUCCCUGGAGCAGGACUGAAACGUCCAGAUCCUGCAUUUAGCUUAAUGUGAAAAGCACAAGACAUUCACACUGCACUAACAGAUUCUUCAGAUGUCUGAGACUGAGGAGAAACUUGAAUGCUGAAAUUUGAUGGCUCUUGUGGUGUUACUUUCAAUCACAUUGUACCCAACACAUCCAGGGUACCUUUUUAACUGAAAGUAUGAAUCAAGUAUAUAUUGUUCAUAAAUCCAGUAAGGUAUUUUGUACUGUCUGUUGCCAAAUACCGGCAGUGUACAUUUCAUUAACACUACACACUACCUGUUAUAGUUUACAGAUUAAGGCCAUCAGCCUUCAUUCUAAUACACAAACCAGUGUGCUGCCUCAGACUGGGAAAAAAAAUCAUGCUGCACAUUAAACACAUGACAAGUUCAAGCAGCACCCAGUCUGUCUGAGGCAAAAUACAAACUGCUGUCAGACAAGCGAGAAAGUGAAAUACUUAUACAGCUGAAGCAGAGCAUCUUUACCAUUUGAGUUACCAAGAAAUCAGGCACCAAUUUUGACAGUGCUUGGACCUGUGCAGUCAACCGCUUCCUGAAGGAAGUGAAAAGUUAUUUAACUAUUUAAUGUUUUUAUUUUAAUAUCAUUAUAGUCUAAUUUUGCUGCUCUCUAAUAUAUGUCAACUCUUUGGCCUAUUUAAGGGAAAAGAACAGGAAAAGUAAGACUAUAUAUAAAGAGUGUGAGUGUGUGUGCGUGUAUGUAUAUAGUGGAGUUAACUGAAUGAUGGGUGUUUUUACAUCUGAAUUGUCUUGUGGUGUCAAGUGAUUUUAACUGGUCAGUUCAUUUUUGUGCAAGUAUUGUCCUUUAUGUACAUAAAAAUCAGUUGGCUCCCCAGAAGUGCUUAUAUAUGGUAAUAAGGGAAGCAUUAGUGUUUUGUUUUAGUAUUGAUUUGAAUUGAUGCUUCACUUACCUGUACCUUUUGCAUUCAUUCAUAUGAAAGUUAUUUUGUUAAUUCUGAUAAAUUAACAAGUGUUCCUGCUGUGACAUUAAUCGCUACACUUGUGACUGGUUUUAAGGAGAUUUUUCUCCAUUUCAUGUCCUAACUUGGAUGUGGGAUGUCUUGUAAAUAUACAUUUGCAUAUGUUGUCAUAUGUCAUACAUAUAUUAAUGUGUUCACAUAUGAUGCACAUCAGUCUCAUAACUGUACUUUAUGAUUUAUUGGAGAUUAUGUUUUGUAUUUCUGCUGAAUUUUUGUCAAUCAUAAGGUACUGGCUGUCUUGCUAAUACAUGGACAUCCACUGAGCAUUCUCCGCCCCGUUGCUGUGUAAGUGUUUUUGUGUACAUAUGUGUAAAUAAUGUAUGUAUAGUGCUGUGUAAAUACUUUUUUGUGUUAUUUACUGGGAUGACCCAGACACGUUUAUGUAAUUAUUUAUGACAAACAAUUAAAAGAAAAACGGAAGCAGAAAUGAUUAAUAAAUACUAAUUGAUACAU